CUCCAGUUGCUAUUGCCGGGCACGAUGUUCUGACCUUGCUCAUCCACGAGUCCGCGAUACUCCUCUCUCACGUUAACGGAAUAAAAGAAAGAUAACGCGAAGAUAAAACGACGUUGGCUGUUCUCGGUGCGCUCGCGCGAAACUUUACUGCAAAUUGCGCUCGGCUGUAAAAAGCUCUGAGAAACAAUCGGCUCUGUAUUGAUGUGCACUCUUAUUCGGUGAUACUGAAAUAUCGAGUUUGUAUCGACCAUCUUCUGGAGUGACUGAAUAUGGUGCUCGAUUCAUUAAAUCGAACGGGCCUCGUCGUGCUCCUCGCAAUCGGUUUGUGCCUUGACUCGUGCCACUGUGAAUAUGACGAGGCACCCCACAUCGUCGUCUUCAUGGCCGAUGAUCUGGGAUGGAACGACGUUGGUUUCCAUGGUUCGAGCCAAAUUCCAACGCCCAACAUCGAUGCUCUGGCUUACAACGGUUUGAUACUGAACAGGCACUACGUCUUGCCAUCCUGCACGCCGACAAGAGCCGCGUUUUUCACUGGAAAAUAUCCAAUAAGAAUGGGUAUGCAAGGCGAGGGCAUCCUGGGAGGGGAACCACGCGGUCUUCCACUCAACGUGAGAAUUUUACCGGAGCAUCUUCGUGACUUGGGAUAUUCACCAAAAUUGAUUGGGAAAUGGCACUUGGGCUUUCACACGCGACAGCACACGCCUCUCUAUCGUGGUUUCGACUCUUUCUUCGGUUAUUACAACAGCCACAUCGCUUAUUACGAUUACAGAUACUCGCAGGGGAACAUGAGCGGAUUCGACUUGCAUCGGGGUGACGCGCCCGCUUAUGAUGUCCAAGGCGAAUACGUGACGCAACUCUUCACCGAAGAAGCUGAGAAAAUAAUCGACCACCACGAUCCCAUAACUCCGCUUUAUCUGCAAAUUUCUCAUCUCGGUGUACACGCACCUCUCGAAGUGCCAAUAAACAAUUACAACGAUCAUUUGUUCCAGCACAUUCGCGAUGACAAUCGACGAAAAUACGCGAAAAUGGUCUCGUCCUUGGACGAUUCCCUCGGUCGCGUCGUCAGCGCUCUCGGUUUCAAGGGAAUGCUGAAAAAUACGAUUAUUCUCUUCCUCACCGACAACGGCGCUCCUUCCAUCGGCAAAUACCGGAAUUGGGGCUCGAACUUUCCUCUGAGAGGCACAAAAUACACUCUGUACGAAGGCGGAGUGAGAGGAGUUGCCGCGAUAUGGUCGCCGAGGCUUCUCGGGAUGGCGAACGUUUCGAACAAUUUGAUUCACGUGACGGAUUGGUUGCCAACGCUUUACGCAGCGGCCGGUGGCAACGUUACCGAUUUGGGUGACAUCGACGGCGUCAAUCAUUGGCCUCAUUUCAGUAAAGGCAAAUCCAGCCCGCGGGAAAGCUUGCUGUUAAACAUCGACGAAUUAGCACCGACCGAGGGAGCCAUACAUCGGCGAUUCAAGCUCGUUCGAGGAUCCUACAAACAAGGAUAUUACGAUCAGUAUUACGGUGAAUCUGGACGGAACCGUGACGUGCCCGAGUACAAUUACACGACGGUGCACAGGAGUGCGGUAGCGAGCUCGAUAAGCGCUCACAUCCAAGGUCCCAUGACGCAACCAAGUCAGAUGAGCCACUUGCGAGAUCAGGCCUCGGUGAUCUGCCGGAGGAGCAUGAGAAACGUGUUUUCAACGUGCAACGAAACCGAAUGUCUUUUCGACAUUGUUAACGACCCGUGCGAAACUAACAAUAUCGCCAAACAGUAUCCGAAGAUCGUGAACUUCCUGGAUCUUUACCUCGAAAAAUAUGGCAACGUGUUGGUAAAACAGCCUCGAUUACCGAUCGACUGGUUGGCGGAUCCGCGCAGAAGGAACAACACGUGGCAGCCGUGGUUGAACUCCGGUUACUACGAGUACAACGGCGCGACCGCGAUCAGUACGCUAGCGGUAUCGGCGCACAUCGGCAUGGUAUUGAUAAUCGUCAGUCUUCGGGCAUUUAUUUGACUGAAAGAUACUUUUCCGAGAAAGCGGAACAGUGCCAUAUUUUAUAGGAACGUUGAUAUGGAAAUUUCGACGACGACGGAAGGGAACGUUGACGGGCUCGAUGUCGAGCUCAGCGAGUCUUCGAAUCGCGUUUAAUUUUUAAGUAGUCUCGGUGUGCAAUCGAUAAUGUUAUAUAUUUUACUAUUUUUUACUUUUAUUUUAUUCGACGCGACACGCACGCGAGAAGAGCCAAAAAUCUAUUAAAAUUAUCAAAUCUUCGAUGUUAUUUAUGUAGGCGAAAAAAUUAGGCAAAAACGAUGUUUUUUUGUAGAUUUCCUUACAUUUAUGACUUAUUAGUAUUUAUCAUUAUUUUAUUUUUCUCAUUUAUCGUACACACUUUGUUGGAAUACUUUUUUGUUCUUGACCGAGUAAACGGUCUGCGACGUUUUGUUCUCAUUAAGGGGGAAUAUCAGUGUUGCAGGCUGAAAAACGAGGCAUUUUAAAAGGGCUCGUUCUAAUUAUUUGAAAUUUUGUCUAUUAAUUAUUGAAGUGAUGAAGUACACGAGGAAAUUUUUCAAAAAUUUUUAGUACAUUUUAUUAAGCAGAGGAGCGCUCGGAAAAUGGCGUCUCAAAAAAAGACUCCCCGACGCUUGACAGCACAAGUGCCGCAGCGAGCAUCUGAAAUGAAAAAUUCAAAAAGAUUAUUAAAUUAUAACAAUACAGCUAUCGCAGCAUCGUAGGAAAUUUGAAAAUGUCGAUUAGAAAUAAAAUGGCAGCCGAUUGAAAAAAAAAUGGAAUUUUACACACAAAAAUUUUGCACUAUAUUGGUAAUAAAAAGCAAACCCAAAAAAUUUAUUAAAAGAACUUCGCGAUAAGUUUUCUGAAGAGAAUCCUUUUUUAAUGAAGUCGAUUGGACAAAGUUUGACAAUGCUUUCGAGAAAAGCGCGUUUAAAGCUUCGAGAGGAUAAAAUUGAAUGAUGCAACUUAAAUAUUAAUGUAAAACAAGUUCUUACCGAUUAGUCUGCUAUCCCUCGAUCAUACAGAAGCUCUGUUGCGUCCAAGCCCUUUUUCUUCACACUGAUAUUCCCCCUUAAUUCCCCGGAUUUCCAGCGUUUUUAUUACGUCUCAGACUAUUUAUUCUCACUGUUACACUUUUUUUUUCUCAACUAUUCCCAUCAAUCCCGAGCCAAAAAGUUAAAUUUAAUUUUCUUGUUAGAUAAAAGGAAAAUUGUUCGAAUGUACAGAUAAACGAAUGUUUAAUCCUCUGGCAAAUGUUCGCAAAUGAAGAUGAAUAUUUUACUUGAAGUAUAAUUCAACCGUUCCCAUCAAACCAUGAGAAAAUAAAAAGAUUUUCUGUCCUGACUAUAACAAA